UCCAAAAGUUCGGACAUUCAAGAAUCCUCUGUUUUACACUCUUUACGCCAAUGGCGAUUUCUCUCAAUUCUGGCCUUACUGUUGCAGUUAGCAGAAGUAUUCGUCAAACCCCACUUCACAAUGUUAAUUUGACAACAAACCCAUUUAGUUUUAACUGCAAUUUCAGCUUAACCCCCAAUUUUUCAGCCAUUUCUGCCUCCCACAGGUCCUCCUCUGUUAUCUACAACUCCACAGGAACUGAGACUCCAGUGGUGAGUGAGGACACCAUCAAUGUGUUGGACGAUGUUCAAGUAUUUGAUCUGAAUGGACAAGGAGUACCUAUUUCGGAUCUGUGGAAAGAUAGGAAAGCAGUUGUCGCCUUUGCUCGUCAUUUUGGAUGUGUCCUUUGUCGCAUAAGAGCUGAUUAUCUUGCAGCUGAGAAGGAUAAGAUGGAUGCAGCUGGAGUUGCACUUGUUUUGAUUGGACCUGGUAGUGUUGAUCAGGCCAGAAAAUUCUAUGAGCAAACAAAGUUUAAAGGAGAGGUUUAUGCUGAUCCAAGCUAUAGGUCUUAUGAGGCUCUGAGAUUUGUGUCAGGCAUUACAACUACAUUCACUCCCGGGGCAGGUUUGAAAAUAAUACAGGCAUACAUGGAAGGCUAUAGACAGGAUUGGGAGCUUUCUUUUGAAAAGGACACCAGGACACGAGGUGGCUGGUAGGUCAAUUUCCAUAGAU